AUGUAAAAGUCUCUUAUAUCGUCAUAAAAAAUAUUAGAAUUUCUUCAAAAUAAAAGAGAUGAGUUAUCAUUAGCUAACCUGAAAUCACCACUAGUAUCAAUAACUAAGUAAGUACUAUACAGAUUUAUGGAUUAGAAAUUCAAUUGCAAAUAAUAAGAAUAAUAAACAAUAAUUAAAUAAAAAGAAGACCAGACCUAAAAGUAGUAAUGAUUGUAACAAUCUAAAUACUGUUUUCUUUAAAAAUACACAUGCACGUUAGAACAGCAAGAUCUUAGAAAGCAAAGAUAAUUCUAGUAACUUAUAGAGUUGCGCUAUGAAAAUACUUUAAAAAAUUAAGUCUGAAAAGUUAUUUAGAUAGAGUAAGGAUGUAGAAAUCUACAAUAAAAUAGAUGUCAAAAAAUAAUAUCAAAUUUUGUUAGAUUUAACUAAAAAACCACAAAUUCUUAAAUUACUUAAAGGGUCUCGUUCUAUAAGUAAUCCAGAGUUAUUUUAAUCUUAAUAAUAAAUAAGAUAGGCUUAUGGAUAAUCUUAAGCUGGUAUAUAGUAUACAGGUUAAAAUAAAAUAAAUUAAGAUAUUUACAAGUUAAUACCAAAAUUUUGUGGAAAUGAGAAUUAUUGGUACUUUCAGGUUUCUGAUGGACAUGGAACUAAUGGUCAUUAGGUUGCAUAAUUUAUAUAAGAAUCUUUACCUUAAUAUAUAGAAGAAGAUUUAAAAUAACUAAAAAAUUAAUUUGAGUAGAAAAGAUAGAUUGAAACAAUUUUGAAAUAAUCUUUUAAAAAGACGAAUUAAGAAUUAUUAAAGAGUGGAAUAGAUGUUACUUAUUCUGGUUCAACUACAAUAGUUGUAAUUGUAUUAAAAAAUGAAUUAUAUUGUGCUAAUAUUGGAGAUAGCAGAGCAAUAAUAGGAAGAUAUGAUGACAAACUUUCUGUUAUUGAAUUAUCAAAAGAUCACAAACCUGAUUGUUUUUUAGAAUAAACAAGAAUAUUAAGUAAAGGUGGUAGAGUAUUACCUUAUUGUGAUGAAGAUGGUCAAUCAAUAGGACCAGCAAGAGUUUGGAUUAUGAAUUAAGAUGUUCCUGGUUUAGCAAUGUCAAGAAGUUUUGGAGAUUAUGUUGCUAGUUAAGUUGGGGUUAUUUGUGAACCAGAAAUCAUCAAAUAUUCAUUAUAACAAUCUGAUAAAUUUAUCAUUAUUGCAUCUGAUGGUAUUUGGGAGUAUUAAUUAUUCUUAUUUAGAUUUUUAUAAAAUGACAUUGUUAUUCAAAUCGUUUAUGAAUUUUAUCAAAAAGGAGAUCUCAAUGGUGCAUGUGUUAAAUUAGUAUAAAUUGCUACAGAAGCUUGGCAAAGAGAAGAUGAAGUCAUUGAUGAUAUUACUCUUAUUGUAGGAUUUAUUAGAUGA